AUGAUCUGAUAAAAAUGAUUUGUUAUUUGCUACUGACGUGAUUUUUGUACCCCGCCACCCCGCGAUUCGCUGGUCACUCCUUAUCAGAUGGAAAACUGCCUUCGGGGAUACAUUCCGCCGCGAGCCGACCAGCCUUGGUUCAAAAAAAGUUCCCGCCAAGAUUUCGGAGCAGCCGCUCACCAUUCACCACAAUCGUUUACACCCAGCCAUGUUGAAACAAGCCAAACCCAAAAAUGCUCGCGCAAAGCGGGCAAUGGACAAGCGCGCGCCGCAAGCCCAUGAGAACCCCAAGACGACGCUCUUUGUCGCAGGUCAGAAGACUUCGCAGAUUCUCAAAUUGGCCACUGCAGACCUGAGGACUUUAAAGAAACCUUUCGUGGAGAGCUUCAUGAAGAAGAACGACAUCCAUCCGUUUGAAGAUGCGUCUUCUCUUGAAUUUUUUUCCCUCAAGAACGAUACCUCCCUCCUUGUCAUGUCUCUUCACUCUAAAAAGCGGCCCAAUUGCCUCACUCUGUGUCGCACCUUCGACCACAAAAUUCUCGACAUGCUCGAACUCUAUAUCAACGCCGAAUCUUUCCGCACCCUCCAGCAAUUCAAGAACAAGAAGCCUGCUAUUGGGCUGAAGCCCCUCAUAGCGUUUCACGGUACCGUCUUCGAAGAUCCCAACCAAACAAAAUGGACUUUAGCCAAAAGUUUGCUGUUGGACCUAUUCCGAGGCCAGGAAGCAGGCGAGGUGGAUGUUGAAGGCCUCCAGUAUAUGAUUAGCAUCAGUGCGGAGGAGCCAGAAGAAGGCAAACUACAGCCGCAACUACACAUCCGUUUCUACUUGAUCAAAACCUUGAAGUCCGGCCAGAAACUACCACGUGUAGAAGUAGAAGAGAUGGGCCCCAGAAUCGAUGCUGCCCUCGGCCGCGAGCAGUUUGCAGAUCCCGAUAUGAUGAAAGCUGCUUUGAAGAAGCCUAAAGGCGAGGAGCCGAGGACCAAAAAGAACAUUGACAUGGACAUCAUGGGUGACAAGGUUGGCAAAAUCCACGUAGGAAAACAGGAUUUCAAAUCAUUACAGACGAGGAAAAUGAAGGGAUUGAAGAGGGGCCGGACACCAGACCAAGACACAUCAAUGGCAGAUGCGAACACGGAUGAGAAUACCACGGAUGGCGGCUCACCUACCACCCCCAAGAGAACGAAGGUCUGA